CAGAGGUGGGCCACCACAGGGCCGUAGACUGGGCUUUAAAACACUGGAAGAACUCUCUGAAAAAGACCCGUCUGUAGUGGCUAUCACCCUCUCCUCUAACUCUGCCCUACACGAUGUACUACGCGAGACAAACAUGAGGCAGGACCUUGUUGAACUCCUCAUUUUGGUGUUGAGCAAAGCCUUCAAAUCACGCUCAGACAGAGGCACCCUGCAGCACCUGGCUAGCAUCAUAAAAGAUUCAGGGUUCCUUCGCACCACCCUGCCUCACUAUCUUGUGGGCAUGUUGGCUGAGUUCAACCCUGUCCGCAGGGAACAGUACCCACGGCAUCUGGAAAACAUCCUGGUGAUACUCUCAGAGGAGUGAACAUCGGGGCUCAGGUGGAAGAGAAUGUGGAGAAUCUUCAGGGCCUGGUCAAUCACCU